AUCAAACGCACGCGAAAGUGGUUGUUCACCAGGGGAUUGACCAUGACGAGCAAGCGCAUCCGGGACAUACUGGAUGCACGUUCUUUGAUCCCGAUACAGAGCGCCUUUUCAAUCCGCCUCGGUGAGGUAGAUCCAGACUUCAACGUGUACGACCUGCUUGCACCGGACUUGAUGCACGAGUUCGAGCUCGGGGUAUGGAAAGGGACCUUCGCACAUCUCAUUCGACUGCUGCACGCCCAAGGUCCCGCUGCCGUGCAAGAGUUUGACCGCAGGAUGCGUCUUAUGCCAACAUUCGGACGGGACACGAUACGGCGGUUCAGGAAGAACGUAUCUUGCCAAAACCGCGUGGCCGCGCGCGACUUUGAAGACUACCUC